CGAGCGCUCCUAAGCGGGCGCGCGUAGACCGGGCAGGCGGGUUUUGCCCGUCGUUCGCGCGGGGCAUUGUGGGAGUGAUUAAGGAAGUAAAAUGGCGGACCUGGCCAACGAAGAAAAGCCAGCCAUUGCGCCUCCCGUCUUUGUGUUCCAGAAGGAUAAAGCGCAGAAGUUCCUUGCAGAGCAAAAAGGGCUACCGGAGUCAGGCGAGGACCCCCAGGGAGAAGUUGAGUCUCCUCACCGGGGGAUGGGUCACCCCAAGUCGCCAGGGGAGUGCGGCUUUGAGACGCCUGCCCCCGCGGUCGCUUGUGCCAGUGCCGAAGCCCGCCUUGCUCCUAUUUCGCGAGAACUGGCAGGGAGGUCAGCAGAUGGGUCAAGUCCAGAAGACGGAGAAGAAUCAGACCGAGAGGAUGGGAGUUACUGCCCCCCCAUAAAGCGUGAAAGGACGUCCUCGCUCACUCACUUCCCUCCUUCGCAGUCGGUGACAAAGAACAAUGUCUUUAUGCCAUCAAGCUUCUGCGAACCUUCAGCAGGAAACUCCGACUCAGAACCAGAGGAAAAGAGCACAGGAUUCCGACUCAAGCCACCCACCCUUAUCCACGGCCAGGCGCCCAGUGCUGGUGUCCCCAGCCAGAAACCGAAAGAACAGCAAAGAAGUGUGUUACGCCCGGCUGUGUUACAGGCCCCGCAGCCGAAGGCAUUCUCGCAAACAGUUCCGACCAGCGGGACCAAUGGCGUUAGCAUCCCCUCCAACCCUGUGGCAGCCACAUCCGAGCCCAUGAGUAACACGACACCGAAAUCUCCAGACUCGGAGGAAAAGGAUAACACCUGCCAGAAAGCGGAGCCUCCCCACUCUGCCGAGGCUGAGAAAUGCAAAGCGGCUGAGCAGAACGCCCAGCAGUCGUUUGUUUUUGGGCAGAACCUGAGAGACCGAGUGAAGUUAGGAGAUGAAGGGGAUGACUCUGCCGACCUGCCGAACGCCCGGCUCCCGAGCUCCGAGACGCCUCCAGCCACCAACUACUUCCUGCAGUACAUCAGCUCCAGCACAGAAAACUCGACACACAGCAGCGACACCUCCAGCACCAAGUUUGUGUUUGGGCAGAACAUGAGCGAGCGGGUUUUGAGCCCGCCCAAACUGAGCGAGUCUGGCACAGACAGUAACAAGGAGAACACCGCCGGCGACUCUGGCUCUGAAUCCUCUUCGCAGGAAGCCACGCCGGAGAAAGCCAAUAACAUUUCAGAGUCACUGGCUGAGUCUGCCGCUGCCUACACGAAAGCUACUGCCAGGAAGUGUCUGCUGGAGAAAGUGGAAGUGAUCACGGGGGAGGAAGCGGAGAGCAACGUCCUGCAGAUCCAAUGCAAGCUGUUUGUCUUUGACAAGACCUCCCAGUCCUGGGUUGAGAGGGGCCGGGGGCUCCUGAGGCUGAACGACAUGGCAUCCACUGAUGACGGGACGCUGCAGUCGCGCCUGGUCAUGAGGACCCAGGGCAGCCUUCGGUUAAUCCUGAACACCAAGCUCUGGGCACAGAUGCAAAUUGACAAAGCCAGCGAGAAGAGCAUCCGGAUCACCGCCAUGGACACGGAGGACCAGGGAGUCAAGGUGUUCCUCAUCUCGGCAAGUUCUAAAGACACGGGGCAGCUCUACGCUGCUUUGCACCACCGGAUCCUGGCCUUGCGGAGUCGCGUGGAGCAGGAGCAGGAGGCCAAAAGCUCCGCCCCGGAGCCAGAGGUCACCCAGUCGAAUGAGGAAGACAGCGACGACGACGACGGCAUGGCCCCUUCUGGAUCACCGGGGAGUGGUCCCCCCAACGAAGGCGACGGACAAACGGGUGGGAGCACAUAG